AUGAGCGGCAAAGGAGGCGCAAAGAAGAAGAAGAACAACAACAAAGAUGAUUCAUCGCUUUCGUCUUCUGAAUCCUCGAACAUCAGAGCGAAAGAAAAGCUCGCACAAACCCUCAAGAACGCAUCGAACGUGAAGUCGCAGAAGCAAAUGUUUUUGGAUUUGAUUCUGAGCAAAGAUUUCGAGUUCGUCUUGAACGAUAUCUUCCACACGUGCGCGGGGAUCAGCGAACGGAACGUCGGCGGAAACGAGUCGGAAAAGCUCGACAGCGCGGAAUUGAAAGUCGCCAUCAAAGCUAUAUAUGCGAAAUUGGAAGAUAUGGCUGGAAAGGACAUGAAACUGCCCAAGAUUAAAGAACCAAUAGACGAUAUUUUGCGCAGUUACGACGAGAACAACGACGGAUAUUUAGAUAAGCGCGAGUUUCAAGGAUUCGCGCGGACGUAUUUUUCGCGAAUGGAAUGGCCGCUGUGGAAAACAGCCGCGAAAGGUGCAGCGAAAGGCGUCGGGUUUCAUAUGGGUGUUCAAUUUAUCGUCGCGCCAAUCGUGGCUUUGUGUUCGCCGCUGAUCUUCGCGUUCGUGCAACGCGAGAUGAAAAAAAUCACAGGGGAACAAAUCGAAAACGUCAAGGAUGAAUUCUCGAAAAGGUUUCACGCUUUAAACGUGUUCGGGAAAGACGCGGACGGGGAUGGGAUCAACGACGACGUCGAACGCAUCGAACGGAAACAGAAAUGGCAAAAGCGGAUGAAAAAAUCGAGGGAGGUGGUCGCGACGACCGCCGUCGCCUCCGCCGCCGCGUGCGCGGGAUUGCUGUAA